AUGACAUAUCUGGAAGAUCAGAGAAGAGAGAAGGAACAGCAAGAUGCAGGUAGAAAGAGAAAGGCAUUUCUUGAUGAACUGGAAUUGUUAAAGGCUAAGAAAAGACGCAUUGAGAAAGACAUUGAAGAACUUGAAAGAUCAGCAGAUAAAUAUUCUGAGAAAGCUGAAGCUUGCAGCCAGCUGACAUUCGUAGCGAUGUCAAAUAGUUUACGCAGAACGGCAAAACAAAAGAGAGAAGAACUUUCUACUCUAAUUACUGAAAUAGACGAAAAAGUAUUCACACUGGAACAAGAGCGAGCCCUAGCAGAUUACAUUAUCAAGUGCUCAAAAAUGUUCCAUGGACUUUCAGUUAAGCAGACAAGGAAGCUGGCCUGGCAAUAUGCGAAGGCAAACCUCAACACUUACCCUGCGCAAUGGGAUACGAACCAAGAAGCAGGCCAGGAUUGGUUCUAUGGUUUGAUAAAAAGGAAUCCUGAGCUCAGUCUUCGAACGCCAGAAGCAACAAGCACAGCGAGAGCAACCGCUUUCAAUCGACAAAACGUAAACGUUUUCUUUGAACAGUACCAAGACAUUCUUUCUCGACCGAACUUUAAACUAGAACCACAUCGACUGUGGAAUCUCGAUGAAACGGGAGUGAAAACUGUAGCCGAUACCACAAAGGUUAUUUCCCAGAAAGGCUUAAAGCAGGUCGGUCAGAUAUCUUCCGCGGAAAGAGGCGUGUUGGUGACCAUGUGUUGCUGUGUGAAUGCAGUUGGCACUUCUCUUCCGCCCGUAUAUGUAUUCCCACGAGUGAACUUCAAAAAUCACAUGCUGAACGAAGCACCAAACGGCAGUCUUGGGUUGGCAAAUCCUUCAGGGUGGAUGAACAGUAAUCUUUUCCCUGAAGUUUUGAGACACUUCAUCAAGCAUAUGAAUGUUUCUAAGGACCACCCUGCAUUACUCGUAAUGGACAAUCAUGAGAGCCACCUUGGGAUUGACACAAUUGACCUAGCAAGGGACAAUGGACUGAUCAUCCUGACAUUUCCACCACAUUGCAGCCAUAAGUUGCAGCCCUUAGAUGUGAGUGUCUACGGGCCAUUCAAACGCUAUUAUAGCUCAGCCUGUAAUGAUAGGAUGUUAAGUCACCCCGGUAGAGCCAUAACCAUCUAUGACGUUGCUUCCCUUAGCGCACAGGCCUACUACAAAGCAUUCACGCCUUCUAACAUAAUUGCAGGUUUCAACAGGUCUGGGAUAUAUCCAGUAAACAAGGAUAUAUUUCCAGAUGAGGUAUUUCUAUCAGCUGCUCCUACUGACCGACCAAUGCAAGAUCAAAGUCAGCAAACAAACAAGCCACAACCCUCAACCAGCGAUAAACCGGAACCUUCAACCAGCGCCCAGUUAGAACCAGCAACCAGCUCUCAGUCAACCAAAACUGUUCAACCCCAUUCUCUCACCACUGAUGUCGGGCAGGGGACACUUUCUCCGGAGAUGAUUCGACCGUUCCCCAAAGCUCCAGAACGGAAGAGGACAAAUUCUCGAAAAAGAGCAAAAAGCACAAUUAUCACGGACACACCAGAACGGGAACGAAUUAUAGCCGAAAAGACCCCGAAAACAGGGAAAAAAGUUUCCAGGGGCUUAUUUGAAGAUGACGAGGAAACUGAAACUGAAAGCAUGGACUCUUAUGACAGCAGUUCGCCAGAGGAGUCGGAUGACUCGGACAUUGUGUUUCAGGAAAAGGACCCUGAUCCUGGUGACUAUGUCCUCGUUAAAUACGCCCGAAAAUCUAGAGUUGUCCACUAUAUUGGUGUUAUCAAGCAGCCAAAAGAUAGGGAUGGCGACUAUGAAGUCCAAUUUCUCCGGCGUUCAACGAGGCACACAACGGCAUUUGCAUUUGUUGAACCCUUGGGUCGAAGACAUUAG